GUUGAGGGGCCAAUCCUGAAUAUCAAACGCUGUCGUUUUCCGCCUACUACAUCAACAACAUGCUCUCCACUGUAUCCCCAACCUAGGGUUCCGAUUUCUGCACCCUUAUUCACCAACCCUACAUCUCUCUCUCUCUCUCUCAUUAUACACAUUCACUUGUAAUGUAAUUACACCGGUCUCUGAUUCAAUUUGAUGAUUCUAGAUCCAUUGUCUAUGUGUGAGUUUACUUGCUGUUGAAGUUUGUUACAGAUUCUGCAUCGGAAUCACCGCUUUCGCAUUCUCGAUGUUGUUGUUGUUGUCCGUUUGGAUUGGAAACAUUCUGAUUCAUCGCACAUCCGUUUCGCCUACAAGGUUAUAAUGUUAUGUUCAGAUCUCGAUCGGUGUGUAACUUAUGGUUGAAGGUUACGGGCAUGUAUGUAUUUUGUAAUUAUACCAACCGUUUCGGGCGUUAUCACAGUGAUAACCAGUGAAGGAUAUACACGUGCGUGCACCAUAUACUUAUCAAAUUAAGGAAACCAGUAUAAUAAAUGGGUUCGCUAUACGGUACCCAUGAGAUCGUUGAGCUGAAAGACGAACCAAACUCGAGUGAUUUUUCCAACGACAAAAAGAAAAAACCUCAAGGGUGCAGUAGAUAUUUGGAAGAUGACAUCAACAAGCUAUUCGAAGGUAUUAACAUCAGAACUUCGUUCAAUGGUUCAAGCUUCUCUGACGAAACAGGCGCCCGCACACCGAGGAAAAACCCGUCGAAGAAACCGAUGCGAAUGAGUUUAUCAUCUUCAUCAGGAAUCGGGUAUUCUGAACCCGUUUCGUUAAAACAAGCUUUAAGGGGUUUAUGCAUUUCUCAAGCUUCAGAAAUGGCUGCUUUGAAACGCUCAUCAAUGCCGUAUAGUAACAGUGCUCAAUCUACCCCUCGGUUUCAUCUUGAAAAGUCGAAGAAAAGCGUUGCACUUUUGAAGGAGAUGUUGCUAGUACCGGAAUCCGAUAGUCAAUCUUCAAACGAACCCGCUGAAGAGAAGAAAGUUAUUUCGGUUUCCCCUGAAGCUUCUUUGGAGUCGGUCAACUCUGAAGUCAACUCUGAAGUCAACUCUGAAGUCAACUCCGAAGUCAAUCCGGUAAAUAAUCGUGAGAAGAAUAAUUGUACAUCAAGCAAGCCGACCCCGAAGCCACGUCAUAAAGGGAAGUCGAUAAGAACUUCACCGCGUGCGGUCAAGACGGUGAUUCGGACCAAGACCGUCGUGAAGAAAAAGUCAAAACCGGAGUUGACUUCUGUUACCCCUGCUUCUAAUGCAGUGAAUUCCCAGUUGAUAUGCCAAAAGUGCAAUUGUGCUAUAAAAGAUGAAAAAGACGAGCCCAAUAAAGACUCUCAAAGAAAAGUCAACAGUUUGACCAGCUAUGGUAAAACGAUCUCGUUACUAAACAAUAAGAACUCGAAAUAUGGAGAUAAAGGAGAAUUCACACAAAGUUCAAACAGCAGCAUAUGUGAAUACAGUAGUAGUACUAGUCUUAGCGAAGAACGAAAUCUUAGCGGGUGUAUUCUCAUCAACCGGCCACAUAUGUCAAAAGACGUCAGAUGGCAGGCGAUUAAUCAUACGAUGAAACGAUACGGGUUUCUCGGAUUAAGACAUUUCAAUCUUUUGAAAAAGCUUGGUAGUGGAGAUAUUGGUACGGUUUAUCUUGCGGAAUUAUGUGGCACGAAUUACCCUUUUGCCAUAAAAGUUAUGGAUAACGAGUUUUUGGAAAGACGACAAAAGAUGCCUAGAGCCCAUAUGGAACGAGAGAUUUUAAGCCUUUUGGAUCACCCGUUUCUUCCUACGCUUUAUGCGCAUUUUGUUUCGGAGAAUUUGUCGUGUUUGGUGAUGGAGUAUUGUCCCGGUGGUGACUUGCAUGUCCUUAGGCAAAAGCAGCCUGCCAGAUAUUUUCAUGAACAAGCGGCACGAUUCUAUGUUGCAGAGGUCCUUCUUGCCCUUGAAUACUUGCAUAUGCUCGGAAUCGUAUAUCGAGAUUUAAAACCCGAAAACAUUUUAGUUCGAGAAGAUGGUCACAUCAUGGUCACGGAUUUUGACCUUUCGCUUCGAUGUCCUGUGAACCCAACUCUCAUCCAAUCCCCUUCAUCAGGCCCAAUGGAACCACCAAGGGUGUCGGGCCCAUGCGCGGGUUCGGGCUGCAUAGACCCGUUCUGCAUCAAACCCACCUGUCAACAAGUCUCAUGCUUCAAGUCUAAAAUCCGGAAAACAAAACCUGACCUAGCGGCACUACACCGCUCAUUACCAGUGCUUGUGGCCGAGCCAACCGAAGCCCGAUCCAACUCGUUCGUUGGGACCCACGAGUAUUUAGCUCCCGAGAUCAUAAAAGGAGAGGGCCAUGGGAGUGCAGUCGAUUGGUGGACUUUCGGUAUAUUUCUUUACGAGCUUUUGUACGGGAAAACACCAUUUAAAGGGCCCGGAAAUGACGAGACGUUAACCAAUGUGAUUUUGGAAAGCCUUAGGUUUCCCGAAACGCCCCUGGUUAGUUUUCAUGCCCGCGAUUUGAUCAAAGGGUUAUUAGUGAAAGAGCCUGAAAACCGAUUGGGGUCACAAAGAGGGGCGGCUGAAAUUAAAAAGCACCCGUUUUUUGAUGGGUUGAAUUGGGCUUUGAUUCGAUGUGCGUCUCCGCCUGAGGUGCCCGAACCGUAUGAUGUUACGGUUUCCAAAGCCGCUUCUUUAGAGAGAGCGAGAAAGUAUCUGGAUUAUAACGGGUCUUCUGAUGGGAACCUCGAGUUUGAGUUGUUCUAGCAAAAUGGACCGUUUUGGUCGGGGAAAUUGUACAAGUUGUUGCUAGAGUUUUGUAAUCUUUAAUCGGUGCAGUUGUAUAAGUUAUUGCUUAGAUUAAAUGCAAUUUCGAUAUAUUUGCAACACGAAUGUUGAGAGCU